AUGGUUAUCCCGAACGUCAUCCCAGGAUCUGACGGGGCUGGAACCGUCGUCGCAGUUGGCAAGCAUGUCCGCCGCUUCACACCAGGCGAUAGAGUUGUCACAGCGUUCUUCCAAGACUUCGUUGGCGGACGUUUCCAGCCUGCUACAGCCGCUUCGAUGCUCGGAGGGGCUCUUGAUGGCACGCUUCGCACCUAUGGAGCCUUCAAUGAGCAGGGGUUGGUGCGAGUCCCAUCAAAUUUGAGCUUCCUGGAGGCGUCAACGCUGAGUUGUGCUGGAUUGACUGCUUGGAGCGCUCUCUUCGGGCUUUCUGAUUACAAACUGAGCGCUGGUCAAUGGGUGCUGACUCAAGGCACCGGAGGAGUCAGCGUUUUUGCACUGCAGUUUGCCAAAGCAGUCGGCGCAAGAGUCAUUGCUACUACGGGCUCUAGCGACAAGGUGAAGUUCUUGAAGGAUCUCGGAGCUGAUCACGUUAUCAACUACAAAGAGGACUCCGAAUGGGGCGCCACAGCUAAAGCGUUGACCGGAGGCGUUGGCGUUGACCAAGUUGUUGAAGUUUCUGGCCCGCUGUCCAUGGCGCAGAGUUUGAACGCUAUCAAGGUAGAUGCAGUCAUCAACAUUGUUGGCUACCUGGGAGGUUCUGAGGGCAACCAGCCCGGCUUCUCGGACAGUUUCAAGUAUAGGUGUAUAGUGCGGCCUAUUGCUGUGGGAUCAAGAGUCAUGUUGGAAGAUUUGUGUCGCGCAGUCGAGGCCAAUCCGGAGAAGCUCCGACCGGUUAUUGAUUCCAAGACGUUUCGUCUGAAUCAGCUCAAGGAGGCAUGUGAGUAUCAGUGGUCGGGAAAGCACAAGGGAAAGGUGUGUAUCGAGAUUUCUUGA